UUUUGUUUACCACGGGAAGAGUCUUUCCUCGUGUAUUUAAAUCGUAUUUUCGGGUAUUUGCGGUAAUUAAUCGGGAUAUUAUUGGAAUUAAAUAAUAAUUAGAAGUGGAAAAUUUCACGAUAUCAUCAAUCUAAAAUCUGAUUGAACCUUUUAUCAUCAGAACAUUUUCUUCUGCAUCUUAUCUAAAUCAUUAGAACAUAAAUCAAGAGAAUCAACAAGUGUCAGUUCGUACAUCGAACACCAAAACCACUUUUUAACAUCACAUAACCAACCCACCCACAGCUAGUGGUGUGGCUGACGAAUAAAAUCAUAAAACUAAAACGAACGACAAUGACAAUGACGAUGCCAAAUGCCAAACAUAUUUUAAUGCUUCUCGCAUUUAUGAUAGCUGUGAAUGUGCCAAUUCUAGUCAACUGUGCGCCCUCAAAUAGUGAAAAGGACAUGAAAGGACCAGUCUUUAUUAAGGAACCUGAUAAUCGCAUUGACUUUUCGAACUCGACUGGAUCUGUUGUUGAAUGUCGCGCUAAUGGAAUUCCACCACCGGAAAUUAUUUGGGUUCGGAGCGAUGGCACGGCUGUUGGUGAUGUUCCUGGAUUGAGACAGGUCCUACCAAACGGCAACCUCGUCUUUCCACCAUUCCGCGCUGAAGACUACCGUCAAGAAGUUCAUGCUCAAGUCUACGCUUGUCUCGCUAAAAAUCAAGUUGGAUCAAUCAUCUCACGCGAUGUUCACGUUCGUGCUGUCGUCAACCAACACUACGAUCCAGCAUUACUGCCAACAGAAUAUGUCAUGAGAGGCAACUCAGCCGUACUUAAAUGUUCAAUUCCAAGCUUCGUUGCUGAUUUUGUGUCAGUCACAGCUUGGAUUGAUGAUGAGGGACAUGAAAUUGUGCCAGUUGAUGACUUUGAUGGAAGUUAGUCGCUUUAGGUUUUGAAUUAUUAUGAUUAAGUGCGCUAUGCAGCUAUAGAAGCUAUUUAUAUCUUGAAGAUGAAGUGGGAUGUGAUUCGAUUAGUUUUGAGGAUCAUUUGAAUCUUGGGUUGAAGCUAUAAUGCCUUACUAGCGUCACUAAGUGACCGUACUAAACUUAUAUCUAGGCUAUGUGUCCACAAUAUCUCACAAUCUACCCUAAACCUUUCCAGUCGUCAAUCAAUUCUACGAUCCUGAAAUUCUCGGUAAAGAAUACAUAAUGCGUGGCAAUGCAGCCAUUCUUAAAUGCACAAUUCCAAGCUUUGUAGCUGAUUUUGUGUCAGUCACAGCUUGGAUUGAUGAUGAGGGACAUGAAAUUGUGCCAGUUGAUGACUUUGAUGGAAGUUAGUCGCUUUAGGUUUUGAAUUAUUAUGAUUAAGUGCGCUAUGCAGCUAUAGAAGCUAUUUAUAUCUUGAAGAUGAAGUGGGAUGUGAUUCGAUUAGUUUUGAGGAUCAUUUGAAUCUUGGGUUGAAGCUUUAAUGCCUUACUAGCGUCACUAAGUGACCGUACUAAACUUAUAUCUAGGCUAUGUGUCCACAAUAUCUCACAAUCUACCCUAAACCUUUCCAGUCGUCAAUCAAUUCUACGAUCCUGAAAUUCUCGGUAAAGAAUACAUAAUGCGUGGCAAUGCAGCCAUUCUUAAAUGCACAAUUCCAAGCUUUGUAGCUGACUUUGUGUCUGUAGUAGCUUGGAUUGAUGAUGAAGGUCUGGAAUAUACACCAGCGCCUGAGGGGACAUUUGAUUCGGACGGAAAAUACCUCGUGCUUCCAUCUGGCGAACUUCACAUCAGAGAUGUUGGUCCUGAAGACGGCUACAAGAGCUACCAAUGCAGAACAAAACAUAGAUUGACUGGAGAAACAAGACUGAGUGCUACUAAAGGACGUUUAGUCAUCACUGAGCCAAUCUCCUCAACACCGCCCAGAAUGUCGAACAAAGACACUCGUCAAGUCUUCAUUUAUGUUGACGAAAGUUUCUCACUUUUAUGUCCAGCUCAAGGCUUUCCAGCACCGGGAUUUAGAUGGUACAAAUUUAUCGAAGGAUCUCAACGAAAAUCACCAGUUCCACUCGGCGACAGAAUCAAGCAAGUCUCAGGCACUUUAAUCAUCAAAAAUGCAGUCGUUGAAGACUCUGGCAAAUACUUGUGUGUCGUCAACAAUUCAGUCGGUGGAGAAAGUGUCGAAACAGUCUUAACAGUUACAGCACCAUUGUCAGCAGAGAUUGAACCAAAAGUACAGACAAUUGACUUCGGAAGACCAGCAUUAUUCACAUGCAGAUUCUCAGGAAAUCCAAUCAAGACAAUGAGAUGGAUGAAGGAUGGAAAGUUUAUUGAUCAUACUGAUGCUAUUUUGAGAAUUGAGGCUGUAAAGAAGGAAGACAAGGGAAGUUAUCAGUGCGUUAUUAAGAAUGAUCAGGAAAGUGCACAAGCUACUGCUGAAUUGAAACUUGGAGGACGAUUCGACCCACCAAUCAUCCGUCAAUCCUUUAACGAAGAGAUUCUCCAUCCAAGCACACCAGUCUUUAUCAAAUGUAUCGCCGGCGGUAAUCCAACACCAGAAAUCUCAUGGGAACUUGAUGGCAAGAAAAUCUCAAAUUCUGAACGAUUCCAAGUCGGUCAAUAUGUAACAGUCAAUGGCGAUGUCGUCUCAUACUUAAACAUCACAACAGUUCAAACCAAAGAUGGCGGUCUGUACAAAUGCGUUGCAGCAUCAAAAGUCGGAGUUGUUGAGCACAAAGCACGCUUAAAUGUUCAUGGUUUGCCAUGGGUGAAGCCAAUGGAAAAGAAGUCGAUUGUAUCAGGAGAAACUUUGGUUGUCAACUGUCCAGUUGCUGGAUAUCCAAUUGAAUCAAUUGUUUGGGAGCGUGAAAAUCGAGUCUUGCCAAUCAACAGAAAGCAAAAGGUCUUCCCUAAUGGAACUUUGAUCAUUGAGAAUGUUGAGAGGAAUUCAGAUCAGGCAACUUACACUUGCGUCGCUAAGGCUGCUGAUGGAUAUGCUGCUAGAGGAACACUUGAAGUUGAAAUUAUGGUCCUUCCCCAAAUCACACCAAUUUCAUUUGGCGAGGACGAAGUGAAUCUCGACGAAGCUGUCGCUGCUACUUGCAUAAUCAUGAAAGGCGACUCGCCAAUUUCAAUUUGGUGGACAUUGCGUGAUGAUUUUGACAAUUAUGAGAGAAAUUUGAGCACUAAUGAUGGUGUUGUGAUUACUAGAAAUAAUCAAAAGGUCUCGUUGUUGACCAUUGAAGCUGUUAAAGCCAGACAUAGAGGAAAUUACACUUGUUAUGCUCAAAAUAAAGCUGGAAUUGCUCAAUUUAGUGCAUUUUUGGCUGUCCACGUUCCACCAAGGUGGAUUCUUGAACCAACUGACAAAGCUUUCGCACAAGGAUCAAAUGCUAAAGUUGAAUGUAAAGCUGACGGAUCACCACUUCCAUCAAUUCACUGGAAAAUGGCUGUUGGUGACAAACCCGGCGACUAUAAAGACCUUCGCACAAAUGACUCAUCAGUUCGUGUAGAAAAUGGCAACUUGAUCAUCGAGAACAUCCAAAAGACAAAUGAAGGUUACUACCUCUGUGAAGCUACAAACAAUAUCGGAUCAGGUCUCUCAGCAGUCAUCUACGUCAAUGUCCAAGCACCACCAGAAUUCUCAGAUAAACUUCGUAACCAAACAGCACGUCGCGGUGAACCAGCCGUUCUUCAAUGUGAAGCUAAAGGCGAGAAGCCAAUUGGAAUUUUAUGGAACAUGAACAACAUCCGAUUGGACUCAAAAUCAGACCCAAGAUUCACAAUUCGUGAAGAAAUCUUACCGAAUGGAGUUAUGUCAAGUUUGUCAAUUAAGAGAACUGAAAGAACUGACACAGCACUUUUUACAUGCGUUGCUACAAAUGCUUUCGGAAGUGACGACACCAGCAUCAACAUGAUGAUUCAAGAAAGUCCAGAAAUGCCAUACGGGAUGAAGGUUCUCGACAAAUCAGGCAGAACAAUCCAAUUAAGCUGGAAUAAGCCAUACGAUGGAAAUUCACCAUUAAAGCGCUACAUUAUUGAAUUUAAGAAGUCACGCGGCACAUGGGACAGCGACAUUGAUCGAGUUAUCGUACCUGGAGACACAACAGAAGCACAAGUCCAGAAACUCGCACCAGCAACAACUUACAACUUCAGAAUCGUAGCUGAAAAUGACAUUGGAACUUCUGAAUCAUCAGAUGUUGUCACAAUUAUCACAGCUGAGGAAGCACCAUCAGGCAAGCCACAAAACAUUGUAAUUGAGCCAUUCAGUCAGACAACAUUGAAAGUUCACUGGAAGCCACCACUAAGAGGUGACUGGAAUGGAGACAUUUUGGGAUAUUAUGUUGGAUAUAAGCUCACAUCAUCAAAUACUUCAUACAUAUACGAGACUGUCAAUUAUAUGGCUGAAAAUGGAGAAAAUAAGGAACACACUUUGGACAUUACAAACUUAAAGACAUACACACAAUAUUCAGUUGUUAUUCAGGCAUUUAACAAAGUCGGAGCUGGUCCAAUUAGCGAUGAAGAGAAGCAAUACACAGCAGAAGGUACACCAGACCAACCACCAAGUGACACAGCAUGUACUACAUUGACAUCACAGACAAUUCGCGUUUCAUGGGUUUCACCACCACUUGAAUCAGCUAAUGGUGUUAUUAAGGGAUAUAAAGUUGUAUAUGCUCCAUCUGAUAUGUGGUAUGAUGAGAAGAGCAAGGACUACAAGAAGACAUCAAGUUCAGACACUGUUUUACAUGGAUUGAAGAAAUAUACAAAUUAUACUAUUCAGGUUUUGGCUAUGACAUCAGGAGGUGAUGGUGUAAGAAGCAUUGCAAUCCACUGUCAAACCGACCAAGACACACCCGAAGCCCCAACAGCAGUCAAAGCUCUCAUCAUGUCCAGCGAUGCAAUCCUCGUUUCAUGGCGUCCACCAGCAUUCCCAAAUGGAAUCAUCACAAAAUACAAAGUCUAUGUCAAGAACAGCGCUGAAAAGGAAAACAAAGAAUUUGAAAUCCCAGCAAAUCAAAUGAGCUAUGAAGCAGCCGGACUUACAGUUGACCAGCAAUACGAAUUCUGGGUUUCAGCAAUUACACAAAUCGGAGAAGGUCAAGUAUCGGAAAGAAUCUCAUCAACACCAAAUGACAAAGUUCCAGCUAAGAUAGCAUCAUUCGAUGACACAUUUACGGCUACUUUUAAGGAAGACAUUAAGCUACCAUGUUUGGCUGUCGGCGCACCAACACCUGAUAUUACAUGGAAGAUUAAGGGCGGUGAGUUCCAGGCUAGUGACAGAAUCAGACAAUUGCCAGAGGGAAGCUUGUACAUUAAGGAAGUUAUAAGACAAGAUGCUGGAGAAUAUACAUGCACAGCUGAAAACUCAAUUGCUAAGGACUCGAUCACACACAAGUUAGUAAUUUUGGCUCCACCACAAGCACCACAAGUAAUUGUCGGCGCAACCACAACCGAUUCAAUCACAGUCAAGCUGAAGAAACAAGAAACUGACAACGCACCAAUGCACGGCUUUACACUUCACUACAAACCAGAAUUUGGCGAAUGGGAAACUGCUGAUGUCUCAACGGAAGCUCAGAAAUACUCUAUCGAAAAUUUGUAUUGUGGAUCACGUUAUCAAGUCUAUGCAACAGCUUACAACUCCAUUGGUGCUGGUGAACAGUCUGAUAUCUUGAAUUUGAGAACUAAAGGAUCAAAACCAAUUUUGCCAGAAAAAUCAAGAUUCAUUGAAGUUUCAUCAAGCUCAGUUACAUUAAUCUUGCCAGCAUGGAAGGACGGUGGAUGCAGAAUGUCACACUUUGUUGUCGAACACCGAAAGAAGGAUCAAACCGAAUGGAACCAAAUCUCAAACAAUGUCAAGCCAGGUGGAAACUUUGUUGUCCUCGACUUAGAGCCUGCAUCAUGGUACAUGCUUAGAGUCACAGCACACAACAAUGCCGGUUUUACAGUAGCUGAAUAUGAAUUUGCAACAUUGACUGUCAACGGAGGGACAAUUGCACCGUCAAACGGAAUUCCACAACUUACUGCCGAGGAUGCAGUUCGUCUCAUCGUGGCUAAUUUGAAUCUCGUUGUGCCAGUUGUUGCAGCUAUUCUUGUCAUUAUCAUUGCCAUAAUUGUGAUUUGUAUUUUACGUAGCAAGGGUCAUCACUCUAAAGACGAUGUAGUCUACAACCAAGCACUUGGACCAGGUGGCGGAGCUACAUUAGACAAAAGACGUGAUAUUCGUGAUGAACUUGGAUAUAUUGCUCCACCAAAUCGUAAACUUCCUCCAGUUCCAGGAACAUCAUAUAAUACAUGCGACAGAAUGAAACGUGCAACAGUGCUAAAAGGUCGAAAUGGAACCAAUAACUUUUGCACAUGGGACUCACGACGUCCAAUUUAUGAAGAACUUAAAGAAAAUGGAUCACCUCCUCCACUUCCACCAUCCAGAACUUUACGUCCUGCAGAAUAUUUUGCACAUGGUCAUUCUCAUAAAGGUGUCGACGAUGAGAUCUGCCCAUACGCAACAUUCCAUUUGCUCGGAUUCCGUGAAGAAAUGGACCCAACAAAGGCACUCAACUUCCAGACAUUCCCACACCAAAACGGACAACACAUUGGUACAAUGGGACCUAAUGGACCGAUCCCAAUGCCUGGUCAUAUGCAUUCGCGCGCUGGUAGUCAGUCUAUGCCACGAGCCAAUCGUUACGCCCGCAAGAACUCACAAGGUGGACAGAGCUCAAUCUACUCACCAGCACCCGAAUAUGACGAUCCAGCAAACUACGCACCAGAAGAAGAUCAAUAUCGUCGAUGCAAUCCUUAUAAUAACUCUGUAAGCUACUGUGGACCAGAAUAUGAUGAUCCAGCAAAUUGUGCGCCAGAAGAAGAUCAAUACGGAUCACAAUACGGUGGACCUUAUGGAAAUCCCUACGAUCCAUAUGAUUCACGUGGAUCUAUUGGACGUAGAAGUCAGGGAUCAAUUAAGAAUUCAUCACCUGAACCACCACCUCCACCACCACCAAGAAACCAUGAGACUAGUAAUUCAUCAUUUAAUGAUUCCAAAGAGAGCAAUGAAAUUUCUGAGGCUGAAUGCGACCGUGAUAAUGGUCCACGUGGUAAUUAUGGUGAAACCAAGUCAGUCCCCGUCUCACCAGGACCAAAUCAAAAAAUGCCACUUCCACCUCAAAUGACUCAACAACAGCUCCAGCAAAAUCCAAAUCAACCACCACCACCACCCGGUCAGGAGCCUCAAAUCCUCUGGCAAUGCAACUUGUAAAUGAGUCAGCAUAAAGCUCAGUAGAAUUUUUUCAGCCAAAAAUAAAAAAAAAAAUUAAAAAUUUUUCCUCUUCAGCUUCUUUUUUAUAUAAGUGAGAAAAAAAAACGUUAAAAGUAAAUGUAAAGUUUUGAAAAUUUUCCAUAUGAUAAUCACAAUUACAUAACCUAUAAAUAUACAUAAACAAUAUACGGAUUCACAUUGCACCCAGUCUAGUGCGAAAGGAAUAGAAAUUUUGAAGUGAAAGGUUGACGGAGUAAGACUAGAAAUGCAUCUGCAGUAAUUCUCUAAUGAUAUUAUGAAUGAUUAUUAUACACCGACAUACAUACAGUACAUUCUACUCUUUUUAUAUUUAAAAUUAACAAAUUCAUACAUCUAUAGAUAAUCCUUUGUAAUUUAAUACAAUGACUAAUCACAUAAGCUUUCCUAGUAGAUUCAAUAAUGUCUGCAAAAACUGCUAAUUUUUCAUGGUUGCUGUUGUUUUGGUCAAUUUUAGAGAAUAAUGUUGGAUUUUUUUUUUGAGGUUAGGUUGAUUAUCUUGAGAGUAAGUUUUAAAACUUUUCGAGGUUAGCACUUAGAAUUUUGAGGUUAUCUUCAAAAAUUUUGAGGUUAGCUUUUUACUUUCGAGGUUAGCUUUUAGAAUUUUUAAGGAUAUCUUUUCAAAUCUUGGAUUAUCAUUCCAAAUUUUGAAAUUAUCUUAAUCCGAAGUUCCCUCUAACCUCAAAAAUCUAACCAAAAUUUCGUCAAAAAUUUCCAAAACACAAAUCCAGCUCAAAACGUAUUUUAAAUUGCAUUGCAGCUUUGCAAAAUUCCUUAGUUUUUCAUACUCAACAAUAAUAUUCAUAAUUAAUAAGACGAAAAAAAACAUUAAACAAAAUGCAAAACUACUAAAAACAUAAAGUUGCAAUUAAAACGUUAUCUAAUGAUUGAAAAUAGACACUAAUUUUGACUAAAACUAAAAUAUUAUUAACUAUUUAAAAUACACAAAUUUAUCUAUAUUCACAUGCUAACAUGUCUUAUCAAUCAGAUCGGAAACUAGGUUAAAUAUGAAGAAUGAGAAUUUGUUGGCUACAAUUGGAUGAAAUUUGACAAACUUAAGCGCAAAAUUUAUUUUAAUACGAAAUUUUAAACAAAAAUUAGGUUAUGCUAUUCAAUUUUGAGAUUAUCAUCUGAAAUUUUGAGGUUAUCUUUUGAAAUUUUGAGGUUAUCUUCUGAAAUUUUAAGGUUAUCUUCUAAAAAUUUGAGGUUAUCUUCAGAAAUUUUGAGGUUAUCUCUUGAAAUUUUAAGGUUAUCUUCUAAAAAUUUGAGGUUAUCUUCAGAAAUUUUGGGGUUGUCUUCUGAAAUUUUGAAGUUAUCUUCUGAAAUUUUGAGGUUAUCUCUUGAAAUUUUAAGGUUAUCUUCCGAAAUUUUGAGGUUAUCUUCUGAAAUUUUAAGGUUAUCUUCUAAAAAUUUGAGGUUAUCUUCAGAAAUUUUGAGGUUAUCUUCUGAAAUUUUGGGGUUGUCUUCUGAAAUUUUGAGGUUAUCUUCUGAAAUUUCGAGGUUAUCUUCUGAAAUUUUGAGGUUAUCUUCUGAAAUUUUAAGGUAAAUUUUGAACUUUCAGAUUGAUUUUCACAAAAUUCCACAGAAAGAAAAUUCAAUCCGACGCUUUUUAUUCUUCCAUUUUUAAACCUUCAAAAUUUAAAAAAAUAUUUAAAAUUCAGCUAAAUGUGUCAACACGUGUCACUUCAAAAUUUACCAAUAACAUUUUUGUAAUUUGAGAGAAAAAAAAAUUGAACAAGAGGAAAAAUGAGUCAGAAAAUUGCAUUUAAGUGAAUGUCAAAAAAAUGAAGGAAAAAAAAUAAAUUAUAAAAUUGUAACUUUUUAGAUAUUAAGACUUAUGAAAACUGAAGAAAAUGAUAUGAAAAUGGAAUCUGCUAGGAAUUAAGAUACGAAAAAAUUAUUGCGAGUAUUUAAGACGAAUUUUUUAAUUUUUAAAGUCUUUUGUUAUUGAUUUUUGCGACUUUUGAUCAAAAAAUGAUCAAAUGAUUUUUUAAGUUGGAAAUUUUCAAUUUUUUGAUAGAAAUUGAUGACUAAGAAGUGAACUUACAUCACAAAAUGAAUCAAUUUAGUCAAAAAAUUGACAUUUUUUAAAAUAUUUUUGAAGCUUGAUUUUUAAAGUAAACAUAUUUAUAACUAGUCGAUGCUUUAACACAUUUUAGAAGCUGCUCAGUUGGGAUGGAAGAUUUAUUUUGGGGUUUUUGGGGUUAUGCUCACUUUUUUGAGGUUAUGAUGUUUAAAUUCUGAGGUUAAGAGCUCGAAUUUUGAGUUUAUGAGCUGAAAUUUUGAGGUUAAAAGCUCGAAUUUGGAGUAUCUAUUUUUGAAUUUUAGGAUAACUUCCCUAAUUUUGAGGUUACCCUCCAAAAAUCUCAAAUUUUUCUCAAAACUCAUCCCAACCAAAUUUUUUAUACAACCCAAAAAAUUAACUUUUUUACUUCGAGCUUCUUUGACAUUUUAAUUUUGCUGAUAAUAAGUUAAGUAGAAAUUAAAGAAAAAUGAAAUUGAACUAAUUAAUUAGUUAAGGAAUGCCAUAUAUAAAAAAUUGUAGAAUUAUGCAAAAAGACUAACGAACGAAAGAUGAAAAAUGGGAAAAGUUUUGUGAACUUGUGUAUGGUUGGUGAUUUAUUUUAUUUUUAAAUUUAUUGAGAAAAGUUUUAUUUUAAUUUGCGAUUUAUUUGCUUAAACUUACAAUUUUUGCUCUAUAAAAUGAUGAAAAUUGAAGACAAUUUAUGAUCUUGCAGGACAAAUUGGAAAAUAUUUUUCUUUUGAAAAUUGAUUUAACUUUCUUUAAUUUCACUGAGAGUUUUCCUUAAAUUUGCUUUGUCUUCCCACAAUUUACACCAGAAAAUAAAUCAUUUUGACUUCCUAAUGAAUAUUUAACCCAUAACAUUAAAAUUGUGAUCAAAUUUAAUUUUAAGGAUUUAUUUUUAAACAUUUUAAUUUUGUUUUUUUAACUUUUCUACUUACGUUUACAUUUAAUUUAUAAUUUUUUAGUUUACUACAUAUCAUUUAUUUUCACAUUUUUGAAAUU